UGGGAUGGGUGUUUCCUUUUCCUAUCCAUUUGCUAAAUGUAGUGAUACGGAAAAUGGCUUAGAGACUGUCAUUGUCAAAUCCAUUAGUUUUGGAGAUGAUGAGGUGAAGACACCUGUGCGGUCUAUUAGUUUCAAGGGUCGAGAUUCAGAGCCCCAGAUACUGAAAUCCUUAGGCUUGGGAAGGAUGAUAUUAGAAGGAUCUGUUAGUUUUAAAGGGAGGGAAUUGGAGAGGAUGCUGUCAACCAAGUCUACUUCCUCGGAUAAAGAAAUGAAUGAGCACAUUAAAGCAGUUAGCCCAAAGUGCAUGGCAAUUGAUACUCCAUCUCCGAGAUCAGAUGAUUCAGAAGGGACUAUCAUCCAACGAUUGCCAAUUUUAGAUCUGAGUAAGCCCAAACAUGAGGCUGCAAUAAAAUUGCAAAAAGUGUACAAGAGCUUUAGAACAAGGAGAAAGUUAGCAGAUUGUGCAGUUCUCAUUGAGCAGAGCUGGUGGAAGCUAUUAGAUUUUGCUGAACUCAAACGGAGUUCUAUAUCGUUCUUUGAUAUAGAGAAACAUGAAACUGCUAUUUCGCGUUGGUCAAGAGCAAGAACUAGAGCAGCCAAGGUGGGAAAAGGUUUAUCAAAGAAUGAUAAAGCUCAAAAGCUUGCUUUACAGCAUUGGCUUGAGGCAAUUGACCCAAGGCAUCGAUAUGGACAUAAUUUACAUUUUUAUUAUGAUGAAUGGCUUCAUUCUCAGAGUAAAGAACCCUUCUUCUACUGGUUGGAUAUUGGAGAGGGGAAAGAAGUGACUCUUAUUGAAACAUGUCCUAGAUCAAAACUUCAACAACAGUGCAUCAAGUACCUUGGUCCGAUGGAAAGGGUAGCCUAUGAAGUUGUCAUUGAUGAUGGAAAAUUCUUAUUCAAGCAAACAGGGCAGCUCCUUCACACAACUGGAGAUUCUAAGUGGAUAUUUGUCCUUAGCACGUCAAAGACCUUGUAUGCUGGCCAGAAGAAGAAAGGUACAUUUCAACACUCAAGCUUCUUGGCUGGAGGAGCCACAAUUGGUGCUGGAAGAUUAGUUGCUGAAAAUGGAGUCCUUAAGGCUGUUUGGCCACAUAGUGGUCACUAUCGACCUACAGAAGAGAAUUUCAAGGACUUCAUUUCAUUCCUUGGGGAAAACAAUGUGGAUCUUACAGAUGUCAAGAUGACUGCAGUUGAUGAGGAAGAAAGCUUAAUUGACAACCAAAGAAGCAACAAGCACCUAAGAUGGGGCUCAUCUGAGGACAACUUGGUUCAAACGUUGAAUAGCUUAGAGACUGAAGAGAUCAAUGUCAAAGACCUGGCUCAAGAGGAAGCUAAUUCUAUAGAAGAGGCUAUGGGAGCACUUGAAUGUUCCAAGUCAAGAAGAAAUUUGACUUAUCUUGAAACACCAAAUGGGGAUGAACUGUUUGGAGGGUUACAUAAUGACCAUUUAGCUCUGGGACCAAGUUGUAAUGAUAAUUCAAUGGACUCUCCAGUACUGGAAGAUGGUUAUAGAACAUCUGAAGAAGCAUUUGCUCCAAAGCAGCAGAUGGUUGAUAAAGAAUGUGAAGAGAAUGAAUAUAUUGCCAAGGAAUCGAUUGUGAAAAGGAUCAACUCCAAAAAGGAAUCAAAUUCUUAUCAAUUGGGAAAACAGUUGUCUUGCAAAUGGACAACAGGAGCAGGACCGCGAAUUAGCUGUGUGAGGGACUAUCCCACAGAGCUCCAGUUUCAGGCGUUGGAGCAAGUGAACUUGUCUCCCAGAAGUGCUCGCCACUUGAAAUCAUACUUCUCCCCCCGCUCUGCUAGUGGUUUGAGUCCAACAGUACUAGUAUCUUCUCCAUCACGUUGCAGUGAGGAAAUGACAGCAAGCUUUAGGUCACCUAUGCCCAGGAAAAGGAGUUUAUUGCAAAGAAGCACUCCUUACAGAACACGGUCUUCCCCACUUCAUUGUUGAAAGAAUUACUGGAAGGUGUGACCGCUAGCGUUUCAUAAUUCCAGAUUAAUUCAUUCUUUUCUGUGAAUAGAAAAGAUGAUAUAGGAAUUCUUUUUCAUUCUUUUCCACUAGGAUCAUGUAUACACUUUUUCGCUUACAUUCAUUUUUUACCGUAUCAGAUAAAUCAAAUAUUCAGGAUUUAGGAUUUAAAUGCCCUUUGACACAAGAAAACCUUCAGUUUUCCACGGGCAGCAUGUAAUGUAUUUUACUCACCAAAUGUAUUCAUACUUUCAUAUAGAAAUAAAUGUCAAUGAAAAUG